UACCGGCCCAGAGCCACAUGCCUGAGAAGAAAGAAUUGGCAAUAAAGAAAAAGUAAAUAGAAUAGGACAUUUUAUUUGAACGGGUUAUUUUCUGAUAUUCAAAUCCUGACACAAUCCAAUUUUCAAGAAAACAGAACAGUAUUUCUACUGCCCAAUGUCUUUCUAAACAAAAAGGCUUGCAUUUGUCCCAGAAAGCAGAGAAUCAGGUUAAUUGUUGUAGCUCUGCUCUUCCCUGUGUCUACCCCAUGAUAACAGAGUUCUAAAGUCCUUCCAGCACAAUGUGGCUUCAAAGUGGAAAAAAGAGAGUUAACCUGGAUAUGGCAAAGACAAGAUAGACAAGAACCUAAUGUAAAGAAAAACAAAAAGCAUAUGGAUUGACUGUGUGAUGACAGAGGGAUGGAAACAGAAGGUUUUAUUUCCCUUCCUAUUGCUGCUUUCGUCUUAUUGAUUUGAAAACUUUGGAGGGAGGUGCUGUUCUUCUAGAAGUGAUUUGAGGCCCAGGAGACGGAACUAUCUGGAGAAUGUAAAUGCUCUCAGUCUGGGGAGAUAAGAAACUCUUUUAACAGAUUGGCAACUCUCUUGAAUUCUUCACAAACAGCACAGCACCACCACCACUUUGCAAUAGGGAGACAUUUUUGGUAAUUUGGUUUAAAUGAGCAGUCUCAGCAGGUUCUUACAGUAAAUAUCCUUCACGAGGAGGUCAAGGCGUGAGAUUUACAAUCAACAUCAUUUUUUACAUUUAUAUAAUUAUUUAUAUAGUGAACACUAGUUGCCCGAAGUGAUUCACAUUCAGUGUAUUAUGGCAAAAGACUCCAAGUGACAAACAGCAGAACAGAGAAGAUAUUAACAGUACAGAUAUUUAGUGCAAACCUGAUUAGCCGCCAGAAACAUGAAUGAAGUGAGAUAUGGAUUCCACAAGUAGAUAAGAAUGAGUAGAACUCUGGUACUAAUCAAUACCUCAAUAACGCAUCAGGUCUUACUUGAUAGGAAUAAGCUUUCUUCCCUUUCUCCUGACAUUUAAAAUAAUGUGGAAGUAGAAAAAAGAAUUUGAUCAAUUUUUGUUUUGCCUGCGUCAGUCACAGACAAAAUAACAGUAGUAACCCCUUGACUGGGCAGGCAUAGGUGGAUGCUAUGGCAACCACUGCGCAACUACUCAUGUAUUUACUAUACUUUAGAACGACCAAAUUUGGCUUUUGACCUCAUGAGAAUUCUAGGACAUAGGAGACUCCCACCUUUUCCCCAAAGGUUUGCUGCGACCCCCAACCCCAACAUGUUUCCGGACUUUCCUGACGUCCACACUGGGUGGCGUGUAUUAGCCAAUGACGUGAUCGCUGGCCCGGCGGGAAUACUGCCCCAUGGGACCUGCGUCCCUGCGUUCUUCUCUGGGGUCAGAGGUCACUUCACCCUGGGAGUGUUUUAUCAGCAGAAGGGGCUGGUGGGGAGGAAGGGUUUUUUUUUGGUGCCUGGUUCCAUAGAAGCUCAGUUGUCGAAAGCAGUCCUUUGGGUUGGAGUGGAGCUAAGGAGAGAUGAUAUAAGAAGAAGAAGGGAGAGCCCAGUCUUUCAGAGGUUCAGGAACAACAAGAUUCACAACAGUGGCAGCGCAGAGACAGUUCUGUAUCUGUUACAUCACCGUCAGGGGCCUGACCAUGCACUGCAGGGGACUAAUUGUGCUGACCAUGGCUAUGACCACCAUCCAGGCAUUAAGAAGGAUCACAUUAAAGAAGAUGCCCUCCAUCAGAGAGAAUCUUUAUGAAAUGGGUGUGUCUCCUGGCCAGGUCCUUGCACAGAUAUCACCGAAAACUGGCGAAAGCCCCGCCCCCAUCAAUGGGAUAGCCCCCACACAACUGACCAACUACCUGGAUACGCAAUAUUUUGGUGAAAUCAGCAUUGGGUCCCCGCCACAAGUGUUCAACGUGGUGUUUGAUACGGGAUCUGCCAAUCUUUGGGUUCCCUCCUAUGACUGCUCCCCACUUUACACAGCCUGCUUUACCCACAAUAGAUAUGAUUCCUCGAAAUCCCAAACACAUGUUCCGAAUGGCACAGGAUUCUCCAUCCAGUACGCAGCCGGAAAUGUCAGAGGAUUCCUGAGUGAAGAUAUAGUUGUGGUGGGUGGGAUUCCUGUGGUGCAGGUGUUUGCGGAAGCGACAGCCUUACCAGCAAUACCCUUCAUUUUCGCUAAAUUUGAUGGGGUGCUGGGCAUGGGGUACCCUGACGCGGCUAUCGACGGGAUCACCCCUGUGUUUGACCGCAUUAUGUCCCAACACAUCCUGAAGGAGAAGGUCUUCUCGGUGUAUUAUAGCAGGGACCCAAAACAUAUUCCAGGAGGAGAAAUCGUUCUGGGAGGGUCUGAUUCCAACUACUACACAGGAUCCUUCAACUAUGUGGGCACCAGUGCCAGUGGCAAAUGGGAUGUCACCAUGAAAGGGGUCUCAGUGGGGACAGAGACACUCUUCUGUGUAGACAGUUGCACGGCUGUGAUUGACACUGGCUCAUCCUACAUCACAGGCCCUGCCUCCUCUGUGUCGAUCUUAAUGAGGGCCAUAGGGGCCACAGAGCUGGCUGAAGGAGAGGUAAGUAUUAGCGUGAAGUUCAACUGGCUUCACAAAUUGUCCAACAUAAGGCCGUAUUUGCAUUGUCUUUUAAAACAAAUCAUAUUUGCUUUUAUUUAAAACAAAUCAUUGAAAGGCAGACUUUUCUAAAAUGUCUUCACAGGAAAAAAUAAAAUAAAAAAUCACAGGGCCAUCCCUGUGCUUUAAUGACAAUCCAUCCACAGUCCAUCCAAUGUAAGAUAAUUUCAGGUCAAACUAAAAUCUCAAAAAUAAAAACAAAAAAAAAAACUAUACUUCACACUUUCACAACUUAGCCUCAGAAGUUAAUGUUCUCAAGGGCUGAGAGUUUGUCAUUUGUCAUUGUCAUUGUGGUUGUUUCCGUAGAAAACCUUGAAAAGUGCCAAACUCUCGGUGCUGCAUAGGCAUGAGGCAUGCCUCACCAAACUGAAAUUGGUCCGUAGCAUACCUGCCAUCCCAAUAAUAGCAAAGUAAUUCACAUCAUGAAAAAUCAUUGCACAAUUUCACUGUGAUGUAAAAAUUGCAAUCAAACGAAAACCUUGCCACAAGUGCAGUUAAGCAAGAGGAAGAAAAAAUGAAUUGGAAUGGCUGUGAUGCAGAUGCCAGAAACCUUAUUAUGUAACCAUUGUCUAAGAAUUCUUUGUUGCCCAACAGUGGUUUCAGAUGCUGGGCCAGCAGGAAUUGUUAGCAUUAUUCCAGUGUUUUACACUUCAAGUGCACAACUUUGACAAAAAAAAGGGUGUUGAUAAAUAUUAAAAGGCGCUCUCCUCACACCGUGUAUGAGGGCUGCAUGGAGAAGCCGUUACAGAAGGAAGCCACACCAUGUUGUUUGUUUGGCUUAUUCACCUGAACAAAUGUAUCCAGCUGUAGGCUGUAUUUCAAAAAUAUUCAAUUUACCAAAGAUUAGCAUGUAACAUACAGAUGCAGGCUAAAAGUUGAUACAAAGUACUGAGAGGGUUCCUGGAGUUCUACUUACUUUGGUACUCCUAAGCCUGCAUUCCAAAUAUCCUGAACCACUUGACAACUUUCAUUGGCUGACUGUGGGAGAAUAUUGCAGCAAAUGCAAAUGGGAAAGACAGGAAAAUGCACUCUGGUAAGCAAGGGCAAAUACGGAGAGAUUUGCUCAGAGGACGUUACUCAACUGACUAUGAAACUGUUAUAUAAAAUACAUACAUUUUUACGGUAGCCAAAAUCAGAUACCAAGUGAUUAUAUUUACAUAUUUCUUAUGAUUAUAUAACCGCUGUAUUGCAUGGUUAGAGUUUAGAAUGCAUGCAUAGCUCAUGCUAUAAUUUGUGCUUAUUUAAACGGUUAAACUGAUAAUAUGUAACAUGUAAGCCGUAUUGUAUAAGGCGUGCAGCAGAUUUAGGAGUAAAGCACUAUGUGAUAUCCACCUCCACAGUACACGGUGAACUGCGAUCAGGUGAAA